AUGAUUAAUAAUACUAAGGAGAACACCGAUCUUUGUACCCCUGAACAAGACAACUGGGUGCAAUGUGAUCGGUGUGAAAAAUGGAGGAAGCUUCCUGCCUACAUUGACAUGAAUAACUUGCCCAAAAUAUGGUAUUGUAAUUUGAAUACGGAUGCGAGAUAUAAUUCUUGUGAUGUAGAAGAGGAAGUAGCUACUUAUAAUUCAGAUUUGGGAAAAAAUUUCCCUUCAGGGCACUUCAAUAUUGGCCAUUUUGCUACUGAGCUGGAAAGGGGUCUACACACAGACGAUGUUAUUCACACCGAUGGACUCAGCAACAUGGCUAGUGCCAUCGACCCCAGCGCUUGCGCUCAUCAUAUCGAGGAACAUUAUUCAGUGGGGGCAGAAUCCUUCCACGCGAGUAGUUCCCACGCCGACGUUACUAAGGCGAUUGAUGAGGCCAACGCAUUUGUGAUCAAGGGAUCCCCCCAUAGUAAUGUCAACCAUGGUAGUGGUAACCAAGGCAACAGCAAUCACUACAGUGAUGGCAAAUUUUUGCCUUCCGUCCCCGCCAAGGAUUUUUUCAUCCAUGGGGAAAAAAUUCCCUCGGUGGAACUGCGUAACAGUGUUGCGUUCCCGUUUGUCAACCCUGAGGAUGUGAAUGGUCCUAACUCGGAAGGCAAAUAUACACACGUGGGAAGUAACCGUAAACCUGUGGACGGCCACCUCGACAUGCACACCACACAAGUCAGGAUAAACACGAAAGGGAAACGCGACAAAGAAGGCUCGAUGUUAAUGAAGAAGCCGCUCAAGCGGGAACAAGGGGACAAGGGAAGUGGAAUUCCAAGGGGCAACAACGCAAAAUUGAGCGUAUCCUCCUUCCCCAACCACGUUAAAGUUAAUGACUGUUAUUUGAAGCAAGCUGAAGGGGAAGACGACCAGCACAUCCCCUACGGCAAGCCAGAAAACGACGCCCCUAACGUAGUCACCAAAAAUGUGAAAAAGAAAAAUAAGGAUACCAAUAAAGGCACAAAUAAGGGUACUAAUAAAAGCGCCUAUAAGAAUGCUAAUAGGAAUAAGCGGAAGGACCUGCUAGCGCGCCACAAACGAAGCAACAGUGAUGGAGAGAUAUAUGAGAAUCAAAGACGCAAACACGAGUUUCCCCUGCACAGGAUGCACGUGAGCGACACAGAUAUGAACACCGCGGGAAACAUGAAAAGAUUUAAGAAUUUAAAAAAAAAUGCAAGCAGCAGCGGCAUCCCCUUUUAUUCCUUUAUGCACUCAAUCGUUAACAUAAAUUUGAAAAAUAAAAUUAAGAAGCCCUUGGGGAAGGCAAAAAAUAAAAAGAAGGAAAAGGAAGAACCCCCGAUGGGAAUUUCCACCUUCGAAGUGAAGGAGAAAAUGGAAGAUAGCGAUGCCAAUGAGAACAGUGUUAAAGUGCCAACAGAUAAAAAAAGUGCUAAGAAGAAGAAAAUAAAAAAUGGCGACGCGGAUCAGGGACCAAGCAGCGGCAACGGGGAGAGGAAAAAAACCCAGAAAAAAAAAAACGAUCGAGUGACGAAUGGUCAUGUGAAUCCCCAGUUGGACGGCGACUCGCAGUGCGCUGUUAACUGGAACAGUGAGGUGUUAAACGAGGGAGGCAGCUUCCAGAAUGAUAACUCGGAAAAAGCGAAUCACCGCUUCGUCAAAGGUGAAGAAGAAGCAGAAGAAAGUGGCCGCCACGUUCAACACAAUGGGUCUCUCUACCACACGGACGUCGCUCAAAAUUAUAUGACCAUGCCAAGGAUGUCUCCUGAUGUAGGAAGAAGUAACUCACCUAAGAAGGAACACGACGAUGUACCUUUUGGGAGUCCUCCUUCGAAUGACCCAACCAGUUACCCCUUCCUGACUGAACCGAACAAUGUCAUCGCGGAAGAUGCACUUAACUCCACCGGAGGAGUAUGUCCAAACAACAGCGGCAGUCAGACAGUGAACGGAAGCGGCAGCGCCUCCAACAAUGUAGUUAAUUGGGUCCAGUGUGAAAGUUGUAAAAAGUGGAGAAAGGUCGAUGCACAUAUUAAUAUCAACCUGUUGCCGGACGAGUGGUAUUGCCAUCUUAACUUUUGGAACAGCUACAAUAAUUGCAACAUGGAGGAGGAAAUAUAUGUUGAAGAAAAUCUUAACGCAGAAUUAGAGCAUAAUAACUUGGAGAAAACGCAACAGGGGGUGGUAGAAAUGGAGGAGGAGAAACAAAUCAUCCCCCAUGUGGGAGGUUCACAAAUGGACAAAAAGGGGAAGCGAAAUGAAAAGAACCAAAUGAACGAACAGGCUAACAAGAUGGAUCACCCUACAAAAGGAAAUGCUCUCCAAUUUCAGGAAAAAAUUAACCACUCAGGGAAAGCAAAAUCAAGUAAAAAAAAUCGGCAUGGUAUAAACAAUCCCAUGAUUAACAAUAGUGAUUUGAUAAAAAAAGGAGAAAACAAAAAAAAGGACACCAUGCCGAGUAAGUCAAAUAAAAAAGCAACCAAGGGAGAUGAUUCUUUUUUAGAGCAUGUGGUAGGAAGCAGUUUGGACAAAUUCCAGAGUAGCAUCUUUAGCGAAUAUGUGAUGAAUGAAAGGGACGAUAGCGCUGUCCCCUUCAGUAGCGAACAUGAACUCAUGGACACUGUGGAGGCUAGCCAAUUUUAUAACCCUAUAAUUAAGGGCAAUUAUCAUGUACCAAUGAACAGUGCAGAUGUGAACUCUGCCCUUUUCAAAACUAACGAGGGAGAAUACAAUCUCUGCAACGAUGAUAGUGAAAUAAUAAUGAGCUAUGGGAAAAGGGCCGAGACGCAAGAAACGCAGGAAACACAAGAAGAAUUGUUUAAUAGCUUGUCGCGCGCAACGUCCGGGUCGUAUAGAAGACAUACGCCAGUUCAUUCGAAAACGGGGGAAUCUUAUAAAAGUGAAUUGCAAAGAAGCAAUAGUUUCCUUGUGGGGAAGGAAAAUGGCUCUCUUGAAGGGAACCACUCAGCAGCGAACGGCGCAACGGUUAACGCCAUUGAAGCCUCCCCCCGGGAAGACACAUCCCAAAGAGGAAGCAACCCCAUGGACUUGUUACAAGGUGCUAGCAAAUUCUGGAAUAUGAUCAACAAUGAAAAAUUAAGUUACUACUUAAACAACACCAAUAUGUUUAAGAUGUUUCACUCAUUACCAAAAUAUGAUUAUCAUGAAAACGUGAGGGACAGUACAGUCAAUGAGGAGGUCUGUCCAGACACCUCCAUGGAGAAUCAGCACGCAGGGGAUGGCACCACGUCCCAUUCAGCUGUCCUUCCCGAUGACCAUUUGUCGUGUUGCUCUGUCGCGUGCGCAGACGAAAUGAAGGCGAAAAGGUGCAACUCGUUUGACGUGGGGGGCAGCACCAACAAAGUUACCACCGCCGAGAUGAACGUGGACAAUGUUCGAGAACGAAACUACCUUUCGGACAGCGUCCUCCAAAUAAGGAAACGCAAAAGGGAGUUCAUGAAAAAGAAUAGCGAAUACCGUUACUCAGAUCGAGUGCCCAAACCGAGGCAUUGUCUCCAUCAUAAAGGGGAGGAUAACUACCAAGGAGGUACCUUCCCUGGAGAAUAUUCUUCCCAGAGUUAUAGCCAUUCUUAUGGACUCAUCAAAAGUGAAUGCAGAUCCUCCUACCCUGGGGCACAUCCUGCUGCAUAUAGAAGCAAGAUCGUGAGAAGAUAUUUUUCUCCCCACGCGAGGAACACUCAUUAUGUCAACCGCCUGGACGAAUUGAACACCACCGUGGAGGGCUAUCCGGGAUACCAUGACGACGACAACGCGGAAGGUUACGCAAAGAACAACGGUCGUGAAAGGAGCCGCGCGUACCAAUACGAAUACCGCUAUGGUGAUGAUCACCCCAGGGAGUACACCAACGAUGACGCCGAGCUGUGCGACAUACUGGUGCAGAGACUGCAAAGCGAUAAAUACAAGGGGACCGUCAUUAACAGAAACGUGGACCUUGGGGUUCCGUAUGGAACGUACGGAAGCAGGGCGGCAGACAGCGACGCUGUGGAGGACAAUUAUGAAGAUGGCCACCAUCAUAAUAACGCCGAGAGGGGUCUAAGCAAGGGAAGUACUAUCAACCCCAACGAUGAUGCACAAAUGGAAAGCAAUUUCGAGGGGAAAGAGGUUCCCUCAAUUAACCACUUACAUUACAAGCGGGCAAAGAAUAACAAAAGAGAUAGCCAUUACAAUGAGAUGAGCGUGACCAACCAGCCGCCUAAUGGAGAGAAGGAUAACAUAAUGAUGUCCCAAUACCUUCGCUACAGUAGUAAGGGUGAUAAAAAAGAGGAAGAGUUGGAGGGCUUGCAGAAUUAUCGUUUCUCCAGUAUCAACAUGAACGCGCGAGUUGGUGUGAUGGACCCCACUUCAAAAUCUUUGAACGAUUUAAAAACUUUACCAAGUGGAGUGAAGAGAAAUUCCUUUUUGGCAAGGUCCACCAUUUUCAAAGGAGAAGAAAAGGAUGUCAGUCAAUACGGUGAUGAGAUGGAUCACUUGACCAAUUCCUACCCUCAGUUAUAUACAAACCACAGGAGCAGUGACAACCUUUUGCCUCGAAUAUUAAAAAGCAAAUCCUUGAGUCACCUUGAAAAAAGGCCAUACUUCCAUGUGGAUAGAAGUGAGCGCAGCCUUCUACCCAUUAACAAUAACAACACGAGCAUACCAAAGAGCAGUUCGUAUAACAGAAUAAAUUCCGAUGAUUAUUUUGACCUGCGUCUAGGAGACAUUACCAGUGAUCACUACCUGAUGAAGAAUGCCACAGGCAGUCAGGUGGAGAAUUCCAUGAGGGACAUCUUCUUAAGUAAUUAUUACGCCAAAUUGGAAAGUGAAAAAAUUGAUACGUCCAUCAAAAGCGAUAUUAACAAUUUAACAUCGGAUGAUUAUAUGAAGAUAGGACAGUACCUCUGGAGGGGCAGAAGAGAUCAUGUUACGCAAGGCGAGUAUUCUUGUUUAAAAAAUGCAAGUAAGGAGGAUGAAGGAGAAGAAUAUGAAGAAGAGGGUCGUGACAUGAAGGGCUCCAUCUCGCCCAGUGAUAACUCCUUUCUUAGCAGCAACUAUUUUAGUAGCCUACCCAGUGCAUAUUCGUUGGAUAAGCUGAUGAUGAAAAUACCCCGUAGUGAAGAGAUGGUGGAGAGUAACCUUAGCCACCCCAGUGAAGCUGAUAUAGGCUUGGGAUAUAACACUGUUCCGCACAUCCCUACGGGAAUCAAUACCACACCGUAUGAGAGUAAGCACAUGAAGAGGAACUCCCAAGCGAGUGUGCAGAAAAACUCCAACAAGGCUUGUCUCAUCCUGAGCAGAGGGGAUGCGAACAGUAGGAAAACUGCCAAGUGCGGCACCGCGCAAGGUAGUAAGGGGCCCGCAGAAGGUAAAGGUAAAAAUGCGAAGAUGAGGAGUAACGAGGUGGGAGGCAUCGUGAGGGGGGGGCAGCCAGUGAGCAUCUCGAGUAGAAGGAGAGUACUCGAGAAGGGAGCGGAGAAGGACAGAAAGAAGCAGGAAAAGCAGGAUAAACAGGACAAGCAAGAUAAGCCGGAGAAGCUGGACAAGGUUGAGAAGUCGAACAAACAGGACGAGUACAACGAGUACAUCACGUUCAACAUGGACUACAACGAAAAUAAAAGCAUCAUUAAGGAACUCAUACGAAAUAGAAACAACCUUCUAGGUCAGUCCACCCCCAAGGGAAGCAUAUUGCCCAGGUCAUCUCACGUGGGACCGCCACUCCACAAAGAGUCCAUUGAAGGAGGACAAAUACAAACUACUAUAUUGAAUGCCAAAAAUUUGAAGAAGCAUAUCUUGAGCAAUCGAGUCAUUAUAUACUCCAAAGCAGUAGCCCUAGCAUACAACGUAGACGAAAUAAAUGAGAACAGCAUUUUCUUUUACACCUUUGAAGAAAGUAACAUGAGCGGUAACUUAAAUAAUUCCACCUCUGUUAACGGUGUUGCCACGAACAUUGUGUCAAAUCACCACAACCCCACCACCAACAACCACAGUAACAAUAGCUCCAAGUAUAAAAGAAGUCAUGAGGAUGCUAAUAAGGAGGCACAAAAACAAGCUGCAAGGAACAACAUAUAUUUCAAUUAUGCACAUAACAUUAAUUUUAGUGAAAAGAAAAAUACAGAUAAGAAUAAAAGCAAAAAGGUUACCACUUCUGUGCUUAAUUAUGAUUAUAAAAAAAUAAUUGACGAAGUUGGCCUUUUUAGCAACAGCAUAAAGCUACAAAUACCUCAGUUGAAAUAUAAGUUUAAAAGAUAUAUCCCUCUCGAGGAGGAUAAGAAUGAUGGGAAGAACGACGAGUGUAAUGUUACGGAAGGACAACUAUCUCCUCACACGAUAAGUGAAUCGAAUGCAAAACUGCACACCGUAGCCAUCCCCACGCCCUACAGCAAUGUUGACAUGAAAAAGAAGGAGAAAAAGGAAAAAAAGAAAAAAAAUAAAAUUUUUGUCCCCAACGGGGGUGAUGAAGAGACAGAUGUAGGGGAUGCUGCGGGAGAAGAGGCGGGAAGGGGUCACCACCCUGUGCACUUAACGAACCACGCUGAGGGAGCGAUCCUUUUGGGUAAAGCCCCCUUGGAUAAUAACCACCCUUCGAAAAAGAAACAAACUGUGCUGAAAACGCCAAAGGAGGCACCCUCCAUCGGAUUCCCUAUAAAAGAAGAAGAGAAGGGGUUGAAGAAAGGCAAGGCGUCGUCCACCCCACUUGGUAAGAAGACCUAUGGACACGAUGCGUUGAAUGGGUUCCCUUCAUUGGACCAAAAUGAAAAUGUACAUCAAAGUAAUUAUCGAUCUGGGGUUUCUGCUUCCCCCUUGCGCAACGGUAGCAAUAAUAGGAGCGGCAAGCAUGAGGUGUGCGAACGGUUGGAAUCGUAUGUGCCUCCUCAACCGCGUGAUGAUGAGAACUCAGCAAAUGGAUGGAUCAACACAAAUGUGAAGGAAGAUAUCCCCGCCAGCCAAAUCAAAGUGAACAAAAAAACGAACAAAUGGAUGUUCGCGGAGAAAAGCUCGACCAAUAAAGAAACACCUCGAAAUGACAAAAGUAGCAAACACAAAAAAACAAAUGAGAAAAACAAAAAAAUGGUGUUAAAAAAUGAACAAAAUGAUAUGCACGAAGAAACUCUCCUGGUCGAGAAGAAUGAAGACACUGAGACGAAUGAACCGGUUGCGAAUGUGGACCAGGAUGAAGGUGAUCCACGAAACUACGCCAACAUGGAUGAUGCUCCCGUUGGAAGAAGUUCGAAGGAAAAAGGGGGAAAGAAGAAAAAGGGAACAGUGCGAGCAGCAGGUUUAGGGUUGGCACAAGGGGAACAAGAAAAGGAGGAGCAAAAUGGAGACUACAAAAAAAGUAACCCCAAUGUGAAGAAAAAUGCCAAGGGUAGCAACGAUGGUAGUAAAUGUCCCCCUUUUGAACAAUGUGAACAAUAUGAAGAUGAGGAAGAGGAAGAUGCGGCGUAUGAUAACCCCCAGGGGGACACACACGAUGAGGGCGAUACUCAUGGUAAGAGGAAAAAAGCCUGUGGUGAUAUGCUGGAUGGGGGGCAUAAAGUGGCCAGUGACCAUCACGCAAACGUUCAUUCAGUGAAGGGAAACGUGGUCAGAGUAAAGAAGAAAAAGAAAAAUGUAGCUAAGGACAAGGAUAGCGUCGAUGGAAUUUCCCCCUCCGAAUCUGACACACGCAUGCCAACCAAAAGAAGGAAGACAGCCGAUGAGCACAAUGAUGAGCGCUCAUAUGAAAAGGAUAACAAAGAGGAGACCGCUACUCCAACACACAAGUUAGAAGCAGCAGAAGAGGAAGAGGAAUAUGAAGAAGAGGAGGAGGAUUAUGAAGAUUCAGACGAAGGAAACAGCCUUAAGAACGGGCACUCUCCAAACAGUGAAAAUGCAAAGGACAGAAAUAACCCCACCGGUACGCGGUGCAUCCCAGUGCAAACAGAAAAGCUUCUUCAUCGUAGUAAGGCCCGCUCCAAAAAAAUAAUUUAUGACGACGAUGAGGAUGAGGAGUACGAAGUGAACACCCAGGAGAACCCCAAUGGCGUACAAACAUCACCAGUGGGACAAGAUCCUCGAGAAAGAAAUUUGAAUAAUGAGCAAGUAGAAACUGAUACAUCAUACCAUAAGGAAGCUAAUAGGAGCCAUCCACAAGGGGUAAUAAGACAAACGGAAAAUAAUGAUCGUUCUCAUCAUGAGAAAGGUGCCUAUCGCAAGCGUAAAUUAGACGAAGAGUUACAAUGUGAUAGCCGAUCGAGUAGCAAGAGGGGACAGCAGGUGAUGCAUCCCCGGGAUGAAACACUCCAUCGACACAAGGAGAGGCAUUCGUCGUAUAGUCCUAUGAGAAUGGCCAGUCGUUAUGAUGAAGAGACGACAAGAAGAGACCAAAAGAAAGAGCACGCAUCGGUUGUACCAAAGAGGAUGCACAAGGACCAGGAGGACGACGACAACGAGUCGUCUGCUACGAACAAGAACUAUGCGUCCGCUGAGGAAGAGGCAAACGAACGGGUUGACCACCAUGGCCAAGGUGACCCCAGGGGUUACAGCAAGAAACCAAGGGUACACGACUACAAGCAUGAUAGAGAUGAUAGGGGGCAUUAUGUAAGGAGUGGUUAUGAUCAGAGUGAAGAGAGGCGAAGUGUGAACGGUCGGGACAACUGUAUUUCGCACUCCCCCUCGGUCAAUAGGUACGAAGAUGAGCACAGACACAGCGGCAGGUACGGCGGAAGGCACAACGAUAGGCCCAGCGAUAAGCACACUGAUAAGUACUACGACAGGUACAGGGAUAGGUACAGUGGAAGGUACGGCGGCAAGUACAACGAUAGGUAUGGCGAUACGCACCAUGACAGAUCGGGAAAAUUCGAUGACCUGUACCCGCAGCACCACUCAGAUAUGUACGACCGCAGGGACAAAGGCUCCUACACCGGGCACAACGGAAAUUCCCCUAGACAUGAAAUAUAUUCCAAGCAUGCCCACGACUACGAGGACCAUAGGAGAUUUGAAAAGCAGCAUAGUCGAUACGAGAAGCACGACCUGAGUGGAAAGCCGGAUCGUUAUGAUAAGCGAGCAAACAAAUACGAACAAAGGAAUGAAAGGAUGGAAGAAAAUUUGAGGAGGCAUGAAAACGAACAAUUUAAAAGUGCUAACCAUGAUAUGAGGCAUAAUACUAACAUGACCAAUCGCAGCAGUAACCGCAGCUCUCUUAACCGAAACAGCAGUCAUGCGGAAGAUGCAGAGAGGAAGGAAUUCCCAAAUGGAACUUAUAAAAGGGAAAGGGAGGAACGUGAAGAAAAUAACUACGCAAGGUACGGAGAAAAAAAUAAAAAAAAUCGGUACGACUAUGUGGAGAGCGAAUACAAAGGAGGAAGAUACAUGGACAGCGAUAAGGAUGACAAAUAUUUUGGCAGGAAAAUUAAACACCGUAAUCAUCACUUUGAGGAGAAUGAGUCCAAACAUUAUGCGGGCGGCUACAGUGGGUAUGGAAGCCAGGGCGACAAAUUCCACCAGCAUAGCAGCCACCAUGGUGACCACUACAGCCAUCACAACCAUCACAAUCACCACGACCGCCAUUAUCACCGCCACGGCCCCCCCACCAAUAAACUGGUCAACAAAAGCUACAAAAGUUAG